UCCCUUGAUUCACCACGAAGCCAGAAGAAAAUCCAAACGCAAAUAGUAAUCGAAGAUGUCUCCUUCUUCUUCUUCCUCUUCUGAAUCAAAACUCCCGAUGAAGCCAAUCCCUGGUGAUUAUGGCACCCCUUUCUUCGGUGCAAUUAGAGAUCGUCUAGACUAUUUCUAUAACCAAGGUAAAGAUGAGUUCUUUAAAACACGCAUCCAAAAGCACAACUCCACGGUCAUCAAAACCAACAUGCCUCCCGGCCCUUUCAUUGCCAAGAACCCCAAAGUUAUUGCUGUCCUUGACGCAAUUUCGUUUCCGAUCCUCUUUGACACUUCUAAAGUUGAAAAGUACAACGUUCUUGAUGGCACUUUCUUGCCUUCCUUGUCCUACUCUGGAGGAUACCGUGUUUGUGCCUAUCUUGACCCUUCUGAGACCAAACAUACCGCUCUCAAAUCCUAUUUUAUGUCUGUGCUUGCGUCCAAGCACAGUGAGUUUAUUCCUCUCUUUAGAAACUGCUUGUCACAACUGUUCAUCAGCAUUGAGGAUGGCAUAGCGUCUCAAAAGAAAGCAAAUUUCAACAACGUUUGUCAGGUCAUGUCUUUCAACUACAUUUUUCGUCUCUUUUGCGGUAAAGACCCGUCUGAGACCGCGAUUGGGUCGAAGGGACCAGCCAUUGCUGAUAAAUGGCUGGCUCUACAACUCGGACCACUUUUUACCCUAGGGUUACCUAAGUUCUUGAAAUAUGUUGAUGAUCUAUUGCUGCAUACAUUUCGAUUACCAUUUUUCUUAGUAAAAUCUGAUUACUAUAAGCUUUACGAUGUGUUUUAUGCGUCUUCGGGUCCGAUUUUGGACAAAGCUGAGAGUUUUGGGGUUACAAGAGAGGAAGCUUGCCAUAAUCUUGUGUUUCUCGCCUGUUUUAGUACUUAUGGAGGCUUAAAAGUCUGGUUUCCUGCUUUGAUCAAAUGGGUUGGCCUGUCGGGAGAAAAGCUGCACCGUCAGCUCGCAGAUGAAAUCAGGACCGUUGUUAAAGAAGAAGGCGGGGUCACUAUCCAAGCAAUGGAUAAGAUGGUUUUGACAAAAUCUGUUGUUUAUGAAGCUUUCAGGAUUGAACCUCCGGUUCCAUUCCAGUACGCCAAGGCCAAGGAAGAUAUUGUGGUCGAAAGUCAUCACGCGGCCUAUAAGAUCAAGAAAGGUGAAAUGAUCUUUGGAUAUCAGCCGUUCGCCACGAAGGAUCCUGAGGUUUUUGAUGAUGCUGAGGAGUUUGUGGGGCAUAGGUUUGUGGGGGAGGGAGAGAAGUUAUUGAAGUAUGUUUAUUGGUCAAAUGGGCGUGAGACUGAGGAUCCAACGGUGGAGGAUAAGCAAUGUCCAGGGAAGGAUAUGGUAGUGCUUCUGUCUAGGCUAAUGUUGGUGGAGUUCUUCCUACGUUACGACACGUUUACCGUGGAGACGGCAGUUUUGCCGAUUGGAUCAUCCGUGACUUUCACCUCGCUGGCUAAAGCCACCAGCAUUUGACGAUGGUCACCCAGCUGCCUCUUGUCAAGUUCUAUUUUGCGGGCUGCUUUGAUAGCUGCCCUUCCUUUUCGGUGGCUAAUACCCACUACAUUGACUUUGGGCGAAUCAUCGAAGUAUUUCAAAUAAACUAUUCCUCCACUCGCUUGAAAGCAUCAUCGUUAUAUAUAAUAAUCAUUUUUAUGUCACAGUUUCAUACAAGUCGGAGUGUAUCAUUUUCUAAUAGCUCUUCCUUUUGUGCACAAAUCUGACGUUGGUUUGUAGUGUAUUCAUGUAUUGUCGUCGUUCAAAGUUUGUAUACCCUUUCUUCAUGCUAUUUGAAUUUCCAUUUUCUCGUGUGCA